GGGGAGUUCGCACUCAACCUGAUCAUUCUAUUACAGUGCGCUCAUCAUCAUCACCACCAUCAUCAUCACCACCACAGUGGGACCUGUUCUUUGCUCUGCUCUUACAGUGGAUUUGGUCUGGACGCGUCUUUGUUUUCUGAACCUCAGCAUGGUUGUUUUUGCUCCCGAAACGCAUGGAUUAGAGUAAAAAAACAAAAUCAAAAAAAAAAACUACCACGAACCAUGAGGAGCCACUGGGUCGUUUCAGCCUCACUGUUUGUUUUGAUGCCACUAACAGUGUGGUGUGAGCUAAUCAUCUCCCCCAGUGGGCCUCACAUAGUGAUUCCCAAGAGGGGAAAGCUGGAGCUGCGUUGCCAUGACAAUGCUACCACGCCUGGUGCCCCAUCCAGCUUGAGGUGGCAGUGGGAGAGGGCUCGCAGGCUGGAGGGAGAGGUGGAGGAGGGUGGAGUGGCGUAUGUCAAAGUGCCGUCGGUGCAGGCCUUCCACAUGGGUCGUUAUGUCUGUGUCAACAACAGCACACUGGAGCACAACUCCAUCUAUGUUUAUGUGAAAGAUGCCCAAAACGCCUUCCAGCGCACCAUGGUGAACGUCAUUCUGGUGCGUGCAGGUGAGAACUGCACCAUCCCGUGCCUCGUGACUGACCCCGAGGUCACUCUGCUGGCGUUAGAGACCUGUGAUGGACGACCUUUGCCCUUUGACAUGAGUUACCACCACAGCCUCCAGCGAGGUGUCAUCAUCAGCAAUGUGAGAAAGGAAUAUGAGGGCUGUUACGUUUGUGUGGGACAGCUUCGUGGACUCAAAGUGACAUCUACCCAAUACACAGUGGAUGUGCGGCUCGUUCCAGUGUUGCCUCCAGUGAUCACACUGUCCCAGAAAGACACGGUCAUCUUGAGGAAAGGAGAGCAGUUUUCUCUGACCUGCAGCUCCUCCAAUGUCAACCCAGACUUCAGUCUAAAGUGGCACUUCCCUUCAACAGCGCAUCCUGAAGAAUCUCAGGCUUCACACAUCCUGUCAGGAUUACGCGGUUAUCAGCGAGCCACGUCACUCCUAAUCCCAGGUGUCAACCAGUCAGACUCAGGCACUUACCGCUGCUUCGCCCACAACGAGAGAGGCACCAGUUCUGCACAGCUGCAGUUGGACAUCCGAGAUCAGGGCUUCAUCACCCUGUUAGGAGGUCCAAGUCCAGUCCAGGCAGACGUUAAAGAAGGGGAGAGCUUGAGCCUCAGAGCAGAAUUAGAUGCCUAUCCGUCACCUGACUUCUUGUCCUGGUCCUACAACGGCAAGCGGCUCCUCAACACCACAGAGCACGUCAUCAGCAUUCAUCGCCGCAAAUACAGAUACAUCAGCGAGCUGAGGCUAGUGAGGGUUCUCGGCUCGGAAGGAGGGAUCUAUGAGUUCUCAGCCGGUCAUGAGGACGCAUCGGUCAAGCAUUUAUUCCACGUUUAUGUCAGUAGUAAACCUGUUAUCAUCGCCCAGGAGGGGCCUGUUGAUGGACAGGUGCGGUGCGUUGCCUCAGGUUAUCCAGUCCCUAAAAUCAGCUGGUAUUUCUGUGAGCUGCCCCACACGAGGUGCUCACACCUGCCCAAUGCCACCCAAUUGGAGACUCCGGAGGUCGCCAUGGUGACAGAGUCCACGUUUGGUAAGAGUGAAGUUGAGAGCCGUCUGAACAUCACCAAGGAUCUGGCUCACUACCACACCCUGGAAUGUGUGGCGAGCACUGAGGGGGAGGAGGCCUACACACUGUUCUCCAUCAGUGAACGCAUCAUCCCCCAUAAACUGUUCACGCCUCUUCUCUCUGGCAUGGUGACGACUGGCAUCCUGCUCAGCCUCAUUCUACUGGUGCUGCUGUACAAGUACAUGCAGAAACCAAAAUUCCAAAUCCAGUGGAAGGUCAUCGAGAGUAUCCAUGGCAACAACUACAUUUAUAUUGACCCCACGCAGCUGCCGUACGACUCCAAAUGGGAGUUUCCUCGACAGAAACUGCGCUUUGGUAAAACACUGGGCUCUGGCGCUUUUGGAAAGGUAGUAAGGGCGACAGCGUACGGACUCUGUUCUGCAGAUACUGUCACAACUGUCGCGGUUAAGAUGCUCAAACCUAACGCUCACUCCACGGAGAAGGAGGCGCUCAUGUCGGAGCUGAAGGUUCUUAGUUACCUUGGAAACCACGUGAACAUUGUUAACCUGCUGGGAGCCUGUACUGUUGGCGGUCCAAUUUUGGUGAUAACUGAGUACUGUUGCUAUGGCGACCUCCUCAACUUCCUGCGCAGAAAAAGAGAGUCCUUCCUUAACUCCCAAGUUGGUGAUGGUUACUAUCGCAACGUUUCAAACCAAUCUGAGUCUAAAAGUGGAGAGGAGACUCGUACAGGAUAUAUGUCCAUGCGUCCCUCUGAGAAGGAACGAUCUUCCCAGUCAGAUGAUAUAGAAGAGAUGUCUCUGGACGCCGAAGAUCUCCUCAGCUUUUCCUACCAAGUGGCCAAAGGAAUGGAGUACAUCACUUCCAAGAACUGUAUCCAUAGAGAUCUCGCUGCCAGAAACAUUCUGCUGACUCACGGCCGGGUGGCAAAGAUCUGUGACUUUGGGCUGGCACGUGACAUCACUACUGAUGCCAGCUAUGUGCUACGGGGAAAUGCUCGACUUCCGGUCAAGUGGAUGUCCCCCGAGAGUAUUUUUGACUGCGUCUACACCUUUGAGAGUGACGUGUGGUCCUACGGCAUCCUGCUCUGGGAAAUCUUCUCUCUGGGUAACAGUCCGUACCCUGGGAUGCAGGUGGGAUCGGCAUUUUAUCGGAUGAUUCACGAGGGACACAGGAUGAAUAGACCUGAGUUUGCUCCUCCUGAGAUCUAUGACAUGAUGCUGUCCUGCUGGAACCACGAUCCCUUGAAAAGGCCGUCGUUCAGGAAGUUGGUGGAGAGGACUGAGCUACUGCUGUCUGAGAACACAAAGAAUGUGUACCUGACGCUGAGCAACGCUGCAGGUCCUUCAGCACAGGAGAGAGCAUCAUCACGGAGGCUGAGCUCCGUCUGCAGCACCACAGCACCCACUCAGCCUUUACUGCAGAACACGGCUGACGUCUUCCUGGACUAUGUCUGACACACACACACACACGUACAUUUGCCUGCACACACCUAAUGCCACCCGCACCAUCACAUCCUUGUUCACCCUGUCGUUUAACAACACACGCAAAAUAACUACAAACAACAUAGUCACUGUUGUCCUUCCUGCCUCACUCACACAGACAAACAUAUAGAUACUGUACAUAUAUAUAUAUAUAUAUUACAACCCUGCACUGAGCUCUAAGUGUUGACCUCUGUCUUAUUUCCACAUUGGCGCAUUGAUCUUUGUUGUAAGGGUUUUAGGUGCACGUCCACGUAAACAGACUUGAGCACGAAACCACGCGACGCAUCAGCAGCGGGAGACAUUUUGGCUCACAUUCAGCCUGAGAUUUCAUCUUCAAAUGCUUUGGGUAAAACAGAGCGAUUCAGAGUUGUCGACUUGAAUACUGUGACUUAACAAAAUCUAACAGGUGUAUCACUGUAUGUAUUUUUUAGGAGUAGCUUUAGUUUAGUCAUAGCUAAGCAAAGCCACUGUGGCCAGGUGUUUUGUCUUUUUUCUUGAUUUAUGUCCAUCAUGUAUGCAAUGUAAAUACAAUAGAGAUGUGCCUUUAGAUUUGUUUUGUUUUUGAAACACUGAAUGCAUUGUUGUGGUGACGAACGUUAGACAAGAGCUUAUGUACACUGGUUUUGAGGUUCUUGUAGUUUUGAUACGGUUGGUUGACUUGUAAUAAUAAAGUACCUGUGAUGAUAGGACCACUGGAAA